GCUAAUGGAUUCGCUGUAUUGGAAACCAAUAUAUGGCACCGGCAGGCUCCGGCCGCGUUUGUUUGCUGUCACAGCCGCUAUGCGCCUGCUAGUGGUUUGCUUCUUGGUCGCUGUGCCUCAAGGCUUGGCGCAGGUAGAUGAGCAGCUGGAAGAAGCAGGGACCACAGUGCAGCUUGAAGAAGAAACAGAUGCAGACGUGCUGUCAAUUGAGGAAGAACAGGAGGAAAGCCAAAGGAUAGCUCGCAGCUUCGCGGACUACGAGGAAAUAUGGGGCCCCAGUCCCAUUGACGCCGUAGACGUCGCAUCUACGAAGGACACUCACCUCGGUAAAGUCUCGCCUACGAAGGACGCUGACCGCUUCGACGUCUCGCCUACGAAGGCCUCUCAGCUCAUGAACGUCUCAUCAAGGACUCAGCAGAUGCCAGCGUACAAGGCGUACACAGUGGCCCCGUACUAUGUCUAUCCAUACCCUUACAACUACUAUAACUACUGGCCAGUCCCUUACUACCACUACUAUUAGAAAAUAGCCGUAGGCGCUGGUGUGUGUUAGCGCUGCGUCUGGAGCAAGGUAACUUCUACUGGUGUUGCAAAAUUCCAACAAGAAACGCCUUCCACUGUGCUUUCAGUAAUGAAAGAUUAAAUUUGUUAGUUGUUUGUACCAGUGUGUUUGAAGAAAAGAAGAAUGUGGGUUCCUGGAGGCAAAAAAAUGCCAAUCAAGAAUGAUAAUAAAUCUUUCUGUGUAUAUUUA